UACCAGUGAGAACCCUGGGAAGGAGAAAGCCAUUUUUUUUAAGCGACAAAGCAAAUGCUCUGGCUUCCCAUGACUCACCAAAAAUCUGUAUUUCUAUCAAGGACUGCAUCCUUCUCAGAAGGGCUGUGCUGCAGUUGAAGCCCCUUCUCACAAAUAUUCAAGCUACCUGGCUUUGAAUGGGCCACAUUCCUGCACAGGAAUUGUGAUUAUCAUCUGAGAGGGCGGGUUAUGAAUAAGUCUUUACAAAUAAAGCUGUAGCAUUCUCUUUGAAGACUUGCAGUAGGCUUUUAGCAUAGACUUUGGCCAUUAUAAAAAGAUGUUUUUAAGCCAGUUCUUGAAGCACAACGAGGUGAAAAAAUAAGAAUGAUACAGAUCUUGGACCCGAGACCCUUGCCAAGCUCCAUCAUGCCUGUGGAUGUGGCCAUGAGAAUUUGCUUAGCCCAUUCUCCACCAUUGCAGAGUUUUCUCAGCCCCCUUGAGGACUGCCAAAGAAACAACUUUGUGAACAGAUUCAAACCUCUCAGACCGUGUCUUCAUGUGAAACGUGACUCUGAAGCUCAGAAGAGCGACUGGAACCACUCGGCAGCCCGAGCCAAGAAGCGAGUGGUGUUCGCGGACUCGAAGGGGCUGUCCCUGACUGCGAUACACACCUUCUCCGAGUUCCAGGAGCACCCUGGGUGGGAUCUUCAGUUUGACCUCUUAGGCAUUGAAAAUAUAACAUCUGGCUUAAAGCUACAUGAGGAGAAAAACUUGAUUCUGGGUUUCCCUCGGCCCUCAGCUGACUACCUGGACUUCAGGAAUCGCCUGCAGAAGAACUUGGUCUGCCUGGAGAACUGCACCCUGCAAGAGAAGGUGCUGUCAGGUACUGUGAAAGUGAAGAACGUGAGUUUUGAAAAAAAGGUUCAGGUUCGAAUCACCUUUGAUACAUGGAAGACCUACACAGACAUUGAGUGUGUAUACAUGAACAAUGUUUACAGUGAUUCUGAAAAUGAUACCUUCUCAUUUACCAUUGACUUUCCUCCUGCCCUUUCCUCUGAGGAGAAGAUAGAGUUUUGCAUUUCUUACCAAAGUGGAGAACAUACCUUCUGGGACAAUAAUGAGGGUCAGAAUUACAAGAUUUUCCAUGCAGAGUGGAAGUCUGAUGGUGUUCAGAUACCGUCUGCCAAGAAAGACUGUGUAGAUCUUCAGACUCCAAGGAGAGGACAAGAGAGAGAGCCUGAUCAACUAGGUAGUCCGAGGCUGUCCAGUGGUCUCUUUCCCCAGUGGCAGAGCUUGGGUCGGAUUGAAAAUUCGUCACCAUAUUGGUGAUCAGUACUAGUGAGGAAGCAUUGUUCCAUUUGACGACAGAACACUGUUAGUUUUCUGGUUCACAUACUAUGUGACAAAACCACCUGGCAGGUUUUGUAGGCUGGCUGAACAAAUCCAAAUUCACUAGUCCGUGAGACUUGUUAAACCAUAUUAUGCUACUGAAAUUCUUAGCCAGACCUUAUCCUUGGAAGGAAAGAAAACUAAGAUAAAACCCAUGCGUAUGCUACCUACUAUAGAAAUGGCAUGCCCUUACAUUAAGUAUAUGCUGCUUUCUUUCUGCUGUUGACUCUGAGUCACUAGGAGAGAGGCUCUUGCAAGGAAGUAUGGAAGGCGAUGGUAUCUUAGCAAGCUGUAGUAACUGCAUGUGUGAGAGUACGUGUGUACACACAGGGACAUUAUGUGAACAGAACAUCACAAUUAAUUUUGCACCAGUAGGGAUGAGGUGAUGUGGUCAGGACAGAGGCUUGCUAUAACCCUUUAUGGGCUUGUAGCAGAGGCAGGUAGGAAUGCGUGGCUAGGAUUUGUGGCUACAGUACUGUAAGAAACUUGGAGAGGAUAAUGGAUGAGUGGGAAAAGGAAUGAGGUUGGAUGUGCUGUAUGAUUUGGAGACAAAAUACUCUAAUCUUUCCAAAACUAGUCUUCAAAAAUCCCAGAAAAAGUUCUAUGGGAUAAGAGGGAAAAUACAGAAGACUAUGCACACUGAGUGGUGGAAGUGACUGCUGCUCUGGGAAGACAUCUCUGUCCUGGUUGGCUUUGUGAAUAAUCCAUGUCUUGCAUUUGAGAACAAAUGUAGCCUUUGCUUCAUCAUCCUAUUUAUUCAACAGGCAGAUGGUUACUUUAUAACAUUAGAAGGAAAAAUGUGCCUUUAAAAAAAAAAUUAAGAACCACCCUACAUGCCAAAAAUAACCUUAGGUGACAAAACAAAGCAAUUUGUAAGUUUCCUAGUCUGUAGCAGCAUCAGAUGAUUUGACUCAUCACCUGAUCUAAUCUUACAGCAUCUGAUGGUCAAGUAUCCUGCUUCCUAUUGCAAAGUCAGCGAUGACUUUUCACAAGUGUGUAACAUAGGCAAGGUCCUUCAUAUUGAAGACAGUGAAUUAGUUGCACUCUGUGAAAGCUGAUUUCUUUAGAAGAGCAGGGUUGCUACUAUGUGGUUUUCCUAGACUGAAUAUAGGCUUGCACAUAAAUAGAAAACGGCUCUGGUUUAUUUUACCUCAUUUUUUGAAGUUUUUUUUUUAAGACUUCAGUAAACUCUAAUGUAUAUUUUAUAUCUCUAUGCUUAUAAUUUAGCUUUCUGAGACGUCAAACUGAAGGCAAUCUGUGUUUCAUGCAAGAUGUGUGUGAGACAUUUUCAGCAGGCAUGAAUACUGGUACUCCUUUUAACUGCACAGAAACGGCGUUAACGUCAAAAUAUAAACACAUUUUUGCCCAUUGCUAAGAAAUAAUAUCCUGAGUCUGAAGCUACUUGCAGUACAGCAAGGCAGUAAAUACUAAGGUGAAAUAAGUCUCCUUCACUAAUUGCACUUUUUCCCUAUGUAACCUUUGCUGUUAUGUGUAAACUGGCCAUUUUAAGAAUAAAUUUUAUUUUGAUACACCCA